AAGACGACUGAAACUUCAAUAAGAAAGACAUUGUAAUCUCCAUCUUUUAUUUCCUCUAGUUGUGCACCCAAUAGGCCUCCAGAACGACUACCUCCUUCGCCUUUCCGAUAGGGUUCCAUUCUCUAUAAAUAGCUCCCUCCUUGAGACCAACCACCUCACUCCAGCCCUCAACAUCAUAUCAACUUCAAUAUAAGCUAUGGCCUCAAAUUCUUCAAGCCUCAAAAUUUUCCUUCUACUAGUAGCUUCAUUUGCCGUUGUCGAAAUGGUCAAGGCUGGAGAUGCAGAUAUUCUCUCCGAUUUCUUGGUUCCGCCAAAUACAACAAUUGAUGGAGGUUUCUUCACAUACAUUGACAUUCGUAAAAGCGGCCUUAUUACUUCACCACCACCACCAACUUUUAAGGUGACAAAAGUAAGCAUGGCUGAAUUCCCAGCUCUUAAUGGGCAGAGUGUUUCCUACGCUAUUCUUCAAUUUCCGGUUGGUGCCACUAAUCCUCCUCACACCCAUCCUCGUGCCGCUGAGCUACUUUUCGUCGUAAUAGGUUCUCUUGAAGUGGGAUUUGUUGACACAACAAACAAGCUCUACACUCAAACGCUACAAACUGGUGACAUGUUUAUAUUCCCAAAGGGAUUGGUUCACUUCCAAUACAAUGCUGAUUCAAAGAACCCUGCUACAGCAAUUUCUGCCUUUGGAAGCGCAAGUGCGGGGACUGUCUCACUUCCUGCCACCCUAUUCCUCAGCAAUAUUGAUGACAAUAUCUUGGCCAAGUCUUUUAAAACUGAUGAGAAAACUAUUCAAGCUCUCAAGACCGGUCUUGCCCCAAAGUCUUGAGAAAUUAGUCUCUCUGAUUUAGGGCUAUUUUGUGCACCAGUGUUGUGUUGUGCUUUCCUUUCCCCCUCAUUUUGGUUUUUGCUCAAAUUUCUUUGUGAUUUAAUAAUCAACAUCCUUGUUCAAAAGGAUUCAUACGAUGUAUCAUCGUCUCCCCGGCAUAAAUAACUUUUCAAGAAAUGAUAGUAAUAAUAUUUCU